UCGAUAUUGUCCGAGACAGGAAUGAUAAGUGUGAGUACUAUUGUCUAUAAAAGAGUUGUUUGGGAGGAUAAUGCAAUCGAAAGUGAGCGAGAAUGAAGGAUUUAUUGGCGGUGUUUUGCGUGAUAGGGGCCGCGGUGGCGGAGGCGCCGGCGCCCUACGCCCCCAGCGGCUGGAGGCCUGAUGGACCCGCUUUCGAACUGCCGCAGAGAGGACAGAACCCUAACUACCUACCACCAGUGGAUCCUCGCACACCAGCUAACAUCCCUGACGCCGACGUGGACGUAACCGUCCAGGGUCUGCCUCCACGCCAGGAGCAGCAGCCCAUCUUCCAGCCCUCUCCUAUUUCUGGUCAGCAGUAUGUCGGGCCGAACUUCAAUGCUGAUAUCAGGAGUUUGGAUCAGGGGUUGAAUCAGGCACAGUUCCAGAUACAACAGCAAAAAGCUCGAGAAUUCGCUCGUCAGAAACAGGAAAACGAAGCUAGAUUACCAAGCACCAUCUCACCAAAUCAAUACAACACAAGAACCACUGUCAACUCAAGAACUCCUGUCAACCCAAAUCAAUCCACUAUCACACCACGUCCAGAUUUCAGAACCACUUCUACCACCCCUGCCGAUCUUGACUUAAACGAAGGGGAAACUGAUGAAGUUGGAUCUCCAGCAGUGUCUGAGAAACAAAGGGUUUCAGUAGAAGUUUCUAAGCUGAAUAUUCAAGAAUACCCCCCAGAAUUGUUCCUAAAUCCCUUAGCGCAGUUAAGGCUGCAGCCUGUACAGUUUGGUCAAUCCCCUAUCGUAAUAUCAGGAGAACAAUCUCAGAAGCAGGUUGCUGGUUUUGAUGCUCAGACGCACUUUGCAGCCUUGCCUUCAAUAAUAGCUCAACAACAGUUAGCUCAGCAACAGCUAGAUCAACAGCGUGCUCUUCUUCAACAAUAUCCAGGAAACCAGGCAUUUGUUGUAUCAGGACAGACUUCAAACCGUGGUUUCCUCAUUCAAAGCCCACAGCCAUUGCAACCAAUUGCGCAGUUACAGCCUCUUGUUCAGCCUUUAGCUCCCAUUCAAGGACAAAAUGUAGUUUUACAGCCACAGGGUGUUAAUCAAAUUCAGCCGAACUUUGAGCAACCAAAAAAGGAAAAUGAGGAUGAUGAGCAGCGUGAUGAUGGUCAGUCUCAACAACCACAAGUACAAACACAAUUUGGUUUCCAACCACAACCUCAAGUAAUUUACCAGCAACAACCUCAAGAAUUACAACCUCAAGGAUUCCAACCCCAAGGAUUACAACCACAAGGAUUCCAACCCCAAGGAUUACAACCGCAAGGAUUCCAACAACCUCAACUAAUCUACCAACAACCUGAGGCGUUUCAACCACAGGCAGAAACCGUUUCUCAGCAAGGUUACCAACCUCAACAAGUAUCUUUCCAACAGGCUUAUCCUCAACCCGCCCUCCAGCCAGCUUUUCAGCAACCUCAAGCUGACCAACCUCAAAUUUACCAGCCUCAGACCUCAUACCAACCACAAACAUACCAGCCUCAGUUCUACGUUCCAAACAAACAGAUUCAAGGACAACUAGUGUCUAUACCAGCUCAAAAUCUUGACCAAUUUUAUCAACAACAGUUCCAACAGCAGCAGCUUUCUCAAAGUCAAGGGCAGGAUGCUUUGCAGAGUGGUUUCGAUGUGAACCAGCAAGGGAACAGCUUGGAUCAGAAUGAUAAGGAGUCUGAGGAGAAUACGGAUGGUGGUGCGACGGCCACCGCUGUGGCAACUGCUUUUGGGACGAGGACCCAACCUCGUGCAUUCUCGACGUAUGGAGCCCCUAUUCCUAGAGCCCAAAAUACCGCUACUACUGAGGCACCCGCGGAGGAGGUCACUACGGAGGAGGGGCCAGCAAUCGCAGAGGCCACUGCAGUUGCAAGGGGGGGUAGAAGGAAGAGUGCUAAGUUGAGGAGCCGCCGCAUCAGACCCGACAGUCCGGUCUUCACGCUGGACAAGUCCGGACGUCUGGUCCUAGUGUCCGGACAGGAGCGUUUGUAAUUAACUAGUAACAAGCAAAUGUGAUAAAGA